ACAAAUCAGCUGAUCGAGAAUUUAUAAAUUGAUAUUAUCAAAUAAACUGAAGUCACAUUUUUUUUGUUUUAUUUUUUUUUUGCAAUAGGCUCUGUAAUGCCCGCAAAGUAAGUUUUAAUCCUUUUUGUGAGUUACCAAACUUGUUAUGGACUUCAUUUUUUUCUUUAAAAAUCCGAGCUUAUUUAUAUACGAACUAUGUACAUAUAUAUAUAUUUUUAUUACUAAAAGAUAAUAAAAAACGUCGACCUUCCUUAAAAUGGAACCUUAUUCAGUCUUAAACUUGCGCUUCAUUAAAACAAAAGCCAGAUGAUAGAACUUAAUAGCAUAGUCCCAAAAUGAUAAGCCCACUUUGCUAGCAUAGUGUAAAAAAAACCGGUGCUAGCUCUCCGUUAGAGUUAUCAAAUUCUUUAUAGCUUAGUUACAAUCGAACUUUAGAAGGCACUCGUUGUUUCUAUUCCAUUCAGUGAGAUAAGCGUCAGUAAUGCGAGCCCAGAACGGCAAACUUUGGUCAACUUUGCACGAAGGCAAGUAUGAAGUCUGCAGUCUGGCUAGGGCGGAUUUGGAGGAAGCGCUUAAUGUGUUGGACGACUCGUUCUUUAUCAAUGAAUCAGUUUGCAUCGCCUGUGAAAUAAACUUGCCUCAAAAUGCGCAGGCGCGUCAAGAGUUGCGGGAGCUAUGCCGUAUCACCGCACAGGAUGGAGUUUCCUUAAUUAUGAGACACGUGGAGAGUUGUCGGAUUGUUGCCGUUUCCUUUAACAAGUUGCAGUUCGCUCCUCCGCCUGGCGAGGAUAAUUUCUUUGUUAAGUUCUACAAUGAGCAAGUGAAAAGUCCUCAGGCUAAGUGUCUGAUGGAUUAUAUGAUUACGAUGGACUCAAAGGUCGACGUGUGCGCCGUGUACAGCCUGGAUUGCGUAUGUGAGCUUAUGUUUUUGGCCACUCUGCCGGACUUUCGGCGCCUGGGACUUGGUCGCGCUCUUGUUGAAUCCACCGUUCAACUCACUCGUGAACUUGGCCAGGGUCGUGGCUUACAGGAUGUGGCAAAGGAAUUGCAGGAUAAACGUCCUGCGGCGGUCACUGCACUCUGGACCUCCGUAUACACCCAAAAAAUUGGCAAUGCUGUGGGUUUUACAGUGCUGAACACAGUACCUUUCAAUGAGUUUGAAUUAAAUGGCAAACGCUUUGAUGAGCGUAUUGGACCAGAGCAUGAAUUUAGUCAACAAGUUAUGUACAAAUUUUAAGAACAACAAAUUGUCUCAAAAAUAUAAAGAAAAGAACGGUUGCAGCAAAAAAUUUCGAUGUGCGUCGGCCGGGAAUCGAACCCGGGUCAACUGCUUGGAAGGCAACUAUGCUAACCAUUACACCACCGACGCCACGGAUAAAGAUAUUCACUUUUGAGUACUUAAGCGACGUACGUUUAACAGGGAUGGUUUACAUUUUGCAUAUUAUUUUAUUUUUAAAACUUAUUCCAUGUUAAAUAGCACAAUGAGUUAACAGUAUUUGCUCUUUCGCUAAUUUUAUG